AUACACAAUGGGAACAGAAGACAAUGUUAUUAGAUUUGUGAUUGGUGUAUUUGUUUCUUUAGGAGCAUCAUUUAUGGAUGCUCUUGGCCUAAAUAUCUUAAAAUUGGAUCAUGUAAAAGAAUCAAAAAGAACUCAGCAACGUGGUGAUUGUGGAAGACCUUUAUGGCAUCUUGGUCUAUACACUUAUAUUGCAAGUCAACUUAUUGGAAGUACUAUUGCUUUAAAUUAUUUAAAGACACAGUGGGUUGCACCUCUAGGCAGUGUGGCAUUGAUCUUUAACUUUAUCUUUGCUAAAUUACUGGUUAAUUCAAAAAUCACACGUAAAGAUGUUCUCGGUACUUGUGUAGUAGUUGCCUCAGUGAUUUGGAUCGUUGUGUUUGGUGGCAUGUAUAAUGGCGAAGAUCCUGAACAAUCCAUUUCGGUCGAGCGACUCAAAGUCUUGUUUGUUCGUCCUAUCUUUAUUUUUUAUUUUAGUGCACUUAAUAUCAUUGCUUUUGGUGGUCUAUUUAUUUCCAUUUGGUCCAACUGGGCUAUUUCUGACGAAUCAAGAAAAAGAAAAAGUCAGCUAUUUGCUAGCAUGGAUCAGAAAAAGAUGAAGCAUAUUGUAGGUCUGAUGUUCAGUACAGAAGGUGGUGUCUUGGCCAGCGAAACACUCUUGUUAGCCAAAAGCGGUGUCAAGUUAUUUACACUCUCUAUUUCAUCUCAAGUCAACCAAUUCAAUGAUAAUGCAAGUCGAUUUAUCUUGUUGGCUUUAUUGAUCACUGCCAUAUUACAGGUCUAUUGUCUGAAUACAGCAUUAAAACUAUACACAUCUGUGGUUGUUGUGCCUGUAUUCUAUGGUACUUAUACUGCCCUGGGCCUUGUGAAUACUAUCAUCUAUUUAGAUGAAAUUGGGAAUUAUCCUCCUUGGGCUAUUGCUUUAGUCUUUGUGGGUAUUGGUGUGCUGAUCUAUGGUGUCUUCUUACUCAGUUCAAAACCUGAUCCAACUUCCCAUUUACAAGAAGAUACACCUCAAGAAUUAACUGAUUUCUCAGACUUGCACUGGUUAUCUGCUCAAGAAGAAAAAGAAGUGGCUUCUAAAGCAGACAACAAAGCCAUCCUAAUUACAGCAGAAUCCUCUAGUUCAGCACACAAAAAGAAUGAACAAAGCAGACUAUCUAAACUGUUAAGACUCAAGUAUUUCAAGACACCUUCUAAAAUGAAUACGUUUAUCAGUCUCCAUAGUUCAAAUAGUGGUCAUGAGCCAUAAGAAAAAAAAAAAAAACUUCAUUGCUUUGUGUAUGUG